AUGCCGACUCUGGUUAGAUCUAUCUAUCUAUCUAUCUAUCUAUCUAUCUAUCUAUCUAUCUAUCUAUCUAUAAAUGAAGAUGGGUACAAGAAAGACACUUCAUCGAUAACGGAUCUGGUUGCAGUGGUGACCCGAAUCAAGGAAAACACAUUCCAAUUGGCAGCAGUAUUUCUUUAUGAAGAAUUAAUUAAUCUAUCUAUCUAUCUAUCUAUCUAUCUAUCUAUCUAUCUAUCUAUCUAUCUAUCUAUCUAUCUAUCUAAUCUAUUAUCUAUCUAUCUAUCUAUCUAUCUAUCAUAUCUUUAUCUAUCUAUCUAUCUAUCUAUCUAUCUAUCUAUCUAUCUAUCUCAAUUCAUUCUUUAUCUAUCUAUCUAUCUAUCUAUCUAUCUAUCUAUCUAUCUGAAUUAUGUAAUGAAAUAUAAAAAUACCUACUUCUUAUUUAAACACACACACACACACAAUCUCUCUCUCUCUCUCUCUCUCUCUCUCUCUCUCUUUUUCGGCGUCUCUCAUUUUCGGUAUUUUUCUCUCUCGGUCUUCCCCCCUCACUCAGUGUUUCUUUUUCCUUCUGUAACUUUCUCCUUCUACACCAACCUAACCUUUUCUCUUUUCUCUUUUUAUUUCUCUUCUGUUGUUUUUUCUUCUUUAUUUUCUUUUUUCCUCUUCUUACGUUUCCUUUUUCUUGUUUCUCUUCUCCUCCUGCUUUUCCUUUCUUUCCUUUUCUACUCUCGCUUUUUUGUUUUAUUGUUUACUUUUGCUUACUUCUCUUCUAAUGCUUUCUCUUCUUCUUUCUCUUCUUUUUUCAAUUCCUUCGCCUUUUCCGUCCUUUUCUAUUUUUUCUUUUUUUUUUUUUUUCAUUUUUUUUCUCUGUCUUUUAUUUCUCUUCUCCUGCUGAUUUCUUUUCUUCUUUCUCUUCUGUUUUUCUACAUUCUCUUUAUCUGUUUUUCAUUCUUUUACCUUUUUUCUUCGUUCUCUCUCUCUUCUUCUUCUUCUUCUUCUUCUGGUGUUUCCUUCUUCUUUAUCAUCAUUUUUUUCUUCUUUUUCUCCUCCUUUUUUCUCUUCUCUUCCACUUAA